AUGUUCACCCUUCUCACAUGCAAGACCGGCAAUAUUUACAAAUACACAUUCUCCCCUCUCAUAUUUACUCUCUCUCUCUCUCUCUCUCUCUCUCUCUCUUUCAAUUGGGAAUCUUCAGAAAUACCCGAUCUCUCCUUUUUGUUCACUCCCCCCCUUCCCUGCGCCUUUCUCCAACAAUUAAUCAAUCUCAAGACAAGACAGCCCCAAUCAUCCAUCCAUCCAUGCCAUACCAAACAUUCCAAUCCAAACCCCCGGUACCAAAAAACAACAACUUGA